GGAAGUGAACGCACCGCUCGCAGGCACCGUGUUUGUUUUGUUCAAACUAUAAAAUAUCAGUAAAAACCUGAAGUAUCUUUGAACACACAUGAAGGAACAAGAAGGUUUUCAUUUGCUGUUUUUGUCUCUGUCGGAGCAGCAGGUUUUUCUCGUCUAAAUGUGAGCUGGAGCUGCGUCCGCCCUCGACAUGUUUUCACAUCAGAAACCCUACCUGUCACACCUGCUCCUCACAGUCCUGCUGCUCCACGGUUGGACAACAGAAGCAGCUCAGAACAGGUCAGAGGUGGAGGCUCCUCCCAGCGACCCCUCCAUCGUGGCGAGGGAGGGAUCCAACACUCUGAUCGAGUGUAACGUGACCGGAGGCCACGAUGAUGUAAAGUGGUACAACUCUAAAGGACAACUGCUGGGUGAGCGAGCAGGUGGAAAGUGGGAGAUUCAGGAGAACGGCGUCCUGAACAUCAGCGGCGUCUCCUUUGAGGACCGUGGUCGCUACACCUGCGUCGCCUCCAAUGGGACCAAAAACUACACCGUCACGGUGCGUGUCGCCUACACCGACAGCGGCCUGGGGUUGUACUAUGUCAUCGUCUGCCUGGUGGCCUUCGCCAUCACCAUGAUCCUGAACGUGGCGCGGCUCUGCAUGGUCAGCAGCCACCUGAAGAAGACGGAGCGGGCCAUCAACGAGUUCUUCCGCACCGAGGGCGCGGAGAAGCUGCAGAAGGCCUUCGAGGUCGCCAAGCGCAUUCCCAUCAUCACGUCGGCCAAGACGCUGGAGCUCGCCAAGGUCACGCAGUUCAAGACCAUGGAGUUCGCCCGGCACAUGGAGGAGCUGGCACGCAGCGUUCCUCUGCCGCCGCUCAUCCUGAACUGCCGCACGGCCGCGGAGGAGACCGUGGAGACGCCGUCUGACCCCGCAGAGCCAGCCAGGAAGGUGAUGUCCGGUAACCGACACGCUAUAGGCCCGCCCUCCUCUGACAGAGACGGAGAGGAGGAGGAGGAGGAGGUGUGCCGGGCGCUGCUGUCAAGUGAAAGCCGAGGGGAGGGUGGCGGCGGUGUGGACGUCAAAGUGUCAGUCCACACUGUGUCUGAGGAGGCGGAGGGUUCGCUCAGACCAGGCUCACGCACAAGUGCGUCCUACGAGAGCAACAUGUAGCCUGUGUCCGCCUGAAGUGUCGGGUGUCCACCUGCAAAUUAGAGAUGAAGAAAUCAGGAGAAAAUACUGAGUCUGGUUAUCGUUUAGAUUCUGCUUAUCGAUGUUGAACCUGUUGAAUAUUGUCAUAAGAAAAGCAACGAAGCCAAAACAUGUUGAAUUGAAAACCCAGAUUUAUUUAAGGCGACAAAUUUACACUUCCAAAAAAAGGUUCCAUAUUUUCUUCUUCUUCUGUGUUUUAUUUGAAGUGUUGAUCCAUCAGAAGAUGUAAAAACCAUCUCAGUGUAGUUUCACAUCUCCUCUCUCAGGCUUCUCUCUGGAGCUCUAGUAACAACAGGUUGGUGAGCCAAUCAGAAGAGAGGAGGCUCUGAGCCUCUCUUUUGAUUGGCUGACUGUUUUCUGAGUGAUCCAAUAAAAAUAAAGCAGAUUUCAGGUAAAAACACUCAGAGAAACCAAAUCCUGCAAGGUUUGGAUGGUGGGUCCAGGUGGGCGGGGCUUGGUGACUGCUUUGUCCUGACGGCUGGUUUUAAGGCUGUGUGCAUUUCUCUGUGGACUGAGCUGAAAUGUCUUUAUAUAAUAUGGGACCUUUUUAACAAAGAAUGACAAGUAAAUAAAAAUUAGAUUUUGCUGUGUACCCGUUGGAUUCCAGCUGCUUUCCACUUUGCUUUCAUUUGAUCUUCAUGUGUGAAAAUCAAACUGCUGCUGAAUCACGUUCUUCCUCCUCCCUGCUUAAAAUCAUUUUGUGUCCUUUGUCAGGUUUACACUUCCUUUAACACUGUAUACACACACACACACACACACACACACACACACACUUGAUCAGUGAUUCAGAAAAGUGCAUUUGUUUCUCUCUGAUUUCAGAUAAACUCUAAUGUCGCCUGUAAAGUUUUAGCACUGCAUCAAGCAAGGCUCUCAAUUCUAUUUCCUCUUGUCGUAAAUAUAGAUUUUUUAUUAUUUCUCCCUCAAACUCACAUUCUUAAUGUUAGUCUGCACACGCACACACACACACACACGCACACACACACACACACACACACACACACACACACAGUCAGAGUAGCAGCAGAUAUCAGAGCUCAUCCUUCCUCCUCCAGAAGAUGCCACUUCACUUUUGUUCAGUGUGACAGUCGCUCAAAAGCUUCCAUGAUCAAAGUGUCGUAAUGAAAUCUCCUCAUUUCACUGUCAGUUGUCUUCAUGUCGCUGCUUCCUGUCAAUCACCAGACAGAGACAUGGAGACAGUCUCUUUAAGCCUCCAUUGGAAUCUGUUUAUUCGGGUCUUUGUUUGUCAGGACAGCAGAUAAUUGCAGGUUUUUUUGAACCAUCUUCCUUUAUCUAUUUUCUCAGGCGCAUAAGCUAAAAGAAAACAAACUAUCAGAAAUACAAAAAAAAAAAAAAGGGGCUGGAUGGAAAAUGUCUGUAAUUUUGUAUUGUAGUUUGUAUAUUCAUAUUUUGAUUUAAUAUAAUCAUAUUUUGGUGUGUGCAUGUCAGGAAAAGUCAGAGACAAACUUCUAUGUUUCUUCACAAAUUGUAAAGACACAUUUAGAUUAAUUAGGAAUCUGUCAUUUAUUGUUUUGUGUAGAGGAUUAUAUCAAUUCUAUAAAGAUGAAUACAUAU